AUGGCAGAGCCACCUCGUUACAACCAUCGUGAUGAAGAAAUACAAAGUGAUGAAGAGUCUUUGCAUACAUUAGCGGUUCUUGUGGAACAAGCAUCAAGAGUCUUCGCAUAUAUUGAUGACCCAGUGGAUGAAACUCCCGAAGACCAAAUCUAUCCUAAUGUUCCGGUAUACUUCUCCUCUCCCUAUGCAAUUUUACCUGAGAGAAAAUCCUCCGGUACUGCAGGAUAUGAUUUAGCAGCAAGCCAUGACUGCACCAUACCACCACGAGGGAGGGCUCAAAUACAUACCGGUAUUGGUAUGGAAAUUCCAUGGGGAAGAUAUGGAUGA